AUGACAAGUGAUGUGAACCAGGGGAGCCGUGAGAGGCGAUCGUGGAUUGUGGUUAGGAAAAGAGAAUGGUUGGGGCAUUCAGACAUGGCAUCAAGUGAAGGGCCCGAGUUCAGGACUGUGUUUCAAAGAUUAUGGGAGAGAAGGACAGUAGAGAAGGGGGAAGAGGGGGAAGAGGGAGAAGAGGGAGAAGAGGGAGAUGGGAGAAAAGGAGGUAAUAGCAUUUUCUUGAACGCUUUUGGUAAUGAAGCCGAGUAA